AUGGACCUGGACACAGUCCAACUCCCAGUCUCUACUGGGAAGGCUCCCAUCGCAACGUAUGCUCCUUCCCACCUCUCACCUCUCCGUCCAAACAUUAAUGCACAAACCAUAGAGUCCUCUGCGCAACAUGCGGUGCCCCAAUCGACGGUUCAACCGGUGUGGCAAUGUGUUAUGACUGCAUAAAACUCAACGUUGACGUCUCCGACGGCAUCCAACGCGAGGCCACAAUUCACUUCUGCCGCGGCUGCGAUAGAUGGUUGCAGCCACCCAGCCAGUGGGUCUCCGCAGCGCCCGAGAGCAGAGAGUUGCUCGCGUUGUGUCUGCGGAAAUUGAGAGGCCUGUCGAAGGUCAGGAUUAUAGAUGCCAACUUUAUCUGGACGGAGCCCCAUUCGAAGAGGAUUAGAGUCAAGAUUACUGUCCAGCAGGAGGCGUUCCAGGGCACGAUUGUACAGCAGAGCUUUGAGGUUGAGUACAUUGUUGCGUAUCAUCAGUGCCCGGAUUGUGCCAAGUCUUUUACUGGUGGGCGUGGUCUUUGCUUGUGGUGGGUAUGCGAGUGUUGACAGUGGUUUUAUAGCGAAUACUUGGAGGGCGUGCGUGCAGGUUCGACAGAAGGUUCCGCACAAGAGGACAUUCUUGUACCUUGAGCAGUUGAUUUUGAAACAUAAUGCUCACAAGGAUACCAUAAACAUUCGGGAGGUUAAGGAUGGGCUUGAUUUCUAUUACUCGCAAAGGAAUCACGCUACGAAGAUGGUGGACUUUUUGGGAGCUGUUGCCCCGAUCACUUCGAAGAAGUCUUCUGAAUUGAUUUCAACAGAUAUCCAUACUAGCACUAAAUCCUAUAAGUUUACAUAUUCCGUUGAACUGGUUCCUAUCUGCAAGGAUGACCUAGUGUGUAUUCCGGUCAAGAUGGCAAGAUCACUGGGAAAUAUCUCGUAGCUCCUCUUCUCUCCAAUUUGCUUGGAAUGGUUACUAACAAGCAACCAGUCCCCUCCUCCUCUGCACCAGAAUCGGAAAUUCCAUCCACUUAACGGACCCCGGCACCCUCCAAGUGACUGACGUCCAAACCUCAGUCUACUGGCGUGCUCCCUUCUCCUCCCUCGCAGAUGUACAAGAAUUGGUAGAAUUCAUAGUCCUAGACAUCGAACCCUUAGGCCCGACACAUGGCCGCUUCGUCCUCGCAGAUGUACAGGUCGCCAGAGCGUCUGACAUGGUCUCUAACACCCAAAGCUACCUCCUCCGUACACACCUUGGGGGUAUCCUACACCCAGGCGAUUCAGUGCUUGGCUACCAUCUCAGCGGUGCAAACUUCAACAACCCGCAAUACGAAGACCUGGAACGCACAGCGCCAGACCAGAUUCCGGACGUCAUACUCGUAAAGAAGAGUUAUCCCCGGAAGAAGAAGAACAAGAACAGGAACUGGCGUCUUAAGCGUAUGGCUCGCGAGGAGUCGGAUAUGCUUCCAAGGAAGCAGGACCAGGAGCGUGCUGAGAGGGAUUACGAGAUGUUCCUUAGAGAGGUUGAAGAGGAUACAGAACUUAGGGCUUCAUUGGCAUUGUAUAAGAGCACCAGGAAGAAUCCGCCCAAGACACAGAGGAUGGAAGGAGUCGAGAUGGAGGGUACGCGGGAAGACGGGGGGGCAGAACCGGGGGACGGGAUGGAGCACGAAACCGAGGAGGAGGACGGUGAUGACGGCGAUCUCCCGGAGAUUGCGAUACACGAGUUAUUGGAUGAAUUUGAGGAGAUGCAUGUGCAGGACUGA